AUGGACGUCAUCCCUGCCUCACCGAGCAAAUACGCGGCACGGCAUCAGCGCAGCUCGUGCACGCCCACUUCGGCCGCAUGUGAGGCGGCGUUGAAAUUACUCAAGGCCUAUGCAAAUUCACCGCAGUCUCUCCUUCAUGCCUUGCCGAACUAUGGCUUGUCCGACCUCCCAGGACUGGGAAAUCCACAUACCAACAACGAUGACGAUUGUGAACCUGAGAUGGCUCACUUCUCGCGUCGCGUCAGGGAGGCAAAGAACUGUUGGGAGUUGCUGCGAGAAGGCUUCGUUAAGCGGGACAGCCCAGGGGUGGAUGGCAUGAGCUCAAAUUACAGGAGGUCUAAACGUGGCCGGCACAAUGACUGGUCCGAUGAAGAGGACGAGUCGUUCAUGGUGCCUGCCCCUGUAGACCAACAAGCUUGGCCAGUUCUUGAAUGGCUUCUCAAAAUGUUUGAGAAGGACGAAGCAGCGGUCGCAGCGCGUGGUCAACCACGUUUUUCCCCAUUGUUGCUCUCGCAGAUACCUCCUAGCCGAUCAGCAUCAGGUUCGCGGUGGGAGGUAGAAGCACCACUUGAUGUCGCAUUCUACAGCCUGCAGCAACGAGGCAGAUACGUACUUGGGAUACGUCUCCUUGCUCUCCUCGUCAAUCUGACAGCGACAGUUUUUGUUGAUCUUCCAAUGAUCACGAAUGCUGUGUGCGCCCGCACGCUGGGCCUGACCGAGAAGCAGCUGGAGAUAUUAUUCUCUCUUCUGCCCGUCUCGCAGACCGCCAACCACUUCAAGGUGUCUUUAUGCAAGCUCUGCCUCGCAGACACACUAGCUGGCAGCAGAAGGGCGCGACCAAAGCCCCAAGCGAGGAUCGGACCGCGACCAACACCUCGUCAGCGGGGUGCCAAUGCUAAAGCUGGAGCAGACGAAUCAGCAACAAGCGGAACAAAUGCCGAACCGGAGACGAUGCGACGAACUUUUUUUACCCCGCCUACCGCCGACAUCCUCGAACUACUCAGAGGCCCGUCGAGUUCUAGAGCGUCGUCCGCCGACAUCACCUGCCAGCUAAAGUUUCAACUCGUCUCCGCGUUUGCUGGGCUGCAGGACCAGCUCGACUCCGACGAACAAGAUCCGGCGUGGCGCGAGGCGCGGGAGAGCGGCGAGCUCGCCAAGGCCGUUGAUGCGGCGUUUGCAUAUGCACAAAGCCCUGGAGAGCUGACACUCGUGCAAAACCUCAAAUAUACAUUAGAAGUUGCGGAAAUAUACCGCUGA